AUGAGCGACCCGGUGAUGGCGGCGGACGGCCAUUCCUACGAGCGGAAGCAGAUCGAGCGCUGGCUCGCCACCAAGUCGACGAGCCCGAUGACGGGCGAGGCGCUCGAGCAUAGCUUCCUCACCCCAAACCACGCGCUGCGCGGGCGGAUUCGAGAGUACGUCUUCACUUGGUCGGACGAGGUGCCAAACGAGCACUGGGCCGUUGGCAGCGGCUGCGCGACCUUUUACAACACCUGCGGGCACGAGGAGGCCAACACGAUCGUCGAGCGCGACUUCGACAAGAACACCUUCCAGAUUUUCGCCACCAGGGACAUCCAGGAGGGCGACGAGCUGAGGCACGUCUACAAGUCCAAGGAGUGGCGAAACUGCUUCGCCUCGCUCAACAUCAUUAUGUAGGAGGGGUGGGUUGGGAGCUAGGCACGGCGCGAGUUGCGCGGUUCUGUUGCCAGCGGGGAGACACAGCAGGCAGACAGUCUCAGAACGAUAAUCCGCCGGAGGGUCAUACGUUAGGGAGGCCUCCAUACGCGGCGUACUGUUGUGGCCUAAAGUCUGCCCAGGUUGUGGGGGACACGAUCCCGGCGUGAACACGACUAACUGACGGAUCCGCUCCUGACAGUCGCACGCGCCGCGCGUGUCUUUGUUUGAAGUAAAAAGUCGAAU